AUGAGAUCACCGGUCUUUUACGCCGCACUCUGGCUUGUCUGUGCCACUGCUCUAACUAUCCCCAACGUUCUUGAACGGAUCGAGGGUAAAUUGCCGUCAAGAUCAAGAGCUGCCCUUCCACCGAAAUACUUUCUGCCAAGAGAACACCAGCACUAUGAUCUCAAGUAUUUCGACGAGGCUCUGGAGCCAGCUGCUCAAAACGCACGUAUCAAGGUCCUCAUGCAGACUUAUCUAGCUACAUUUCGAGAUCUAGGUGUUCAGACAUGGCUGAUGCACGGCUCCCUACUUGGUCAUGCCAUGGGACUUGGAUGCUGA